CACCUCACCAGAGAAAACUCACAAAAUGCAAAGCCAGUUUAUCUAAGACGCUCUGUGGGCCUUCCGGAAGCCAUAGCGCUCCUCGUCGGUACAAUCAUCGGCUCGGGAAUCUUCGCCACACCAAAAUGGGUUUUGCUGUACGUGGGCUCUGUAGGAAUGUCUCUAGUGGUGUGGACUGUUUGUGGUUUGAUCGCUCUCUCUGGAGCUUUAUGCUACUGCGAAUUAGGAACUCUGAUUUCAAAAUCAGGUGGGGAAUACGCGUACCUGAUGGAGGCGUACGGUCCCCUCCCAGCCUUCCUUUGUUCCUAUAUAUACGUUCUUUUUGUGAAGCCUUCGGGAAUUAUGGUGCUAUUGGUGUUCGGUGCUUAUGUCAGCGCGCCGUUCUUCCCAGGUUGUGGAGACAGUGAACAUCUUGUUCCAUUGGUCAAAAUAUUAGCAGCCGCCGCAUUAGGUAAGAUGUUUUUUUCGACCAGUUUUUUUUUUUUUUUUCGAUAUUUAAAACGUUGUAAAACUCUUUAUUCAAAUGCUUUCUUUGUUUGGCUAUUUUUUUCUGUCACGCAAAUUUUACGUGGCGACAGCAGAAAAUGUCUUUACUCACGAAAUGGAUCGCGUGAUGUCUUCUCCAAUACUAAAAUCUCACGAACAGAUAGAUCAGUCUAGUUGGCCUAUAUGUGUAUAGAAAACUUUCAUAAUUUACGCAGACAGUUAUUUGAAAGCGAUUUUGUUAUUUUUCUUACUCACGCCCGUUUCAAAAGUCGUGCUCAUACUGAGCCUGAGCUUAAUUGAUACUGCAUACUGCAAGUAUUAAAUAACUGUAGAAUGAUUAAAUUCGACUGGUUUUAAUUAAAAACAUCGCCGAGCGCAAUUCAUACAUUAUAAAUACUGGGGUCUGGAAAGGGAUUCCUGAUCCCACAUCCCGAACUUCUGUCUUCGCUAUCUGAAUAUCGUGCCAAAAUUUUUGGCGAAUCCCGCUUCAAUAGUUGUGAAAUUUCGUAUCCCGUUACGUCCCGUUAAAGGCGUAUCCCGCACUUCAUUUUAGUCAAUUACAGGGCGGUGAACAUUUUUGUUGUUGUUGAAUCUACAGGUGUUAUUACUUUCGUCAACUGUGCAAGCGUGAAAUGGGCUACUCGGAUGCAGAUUGUUUUCACUGCUGCUAAAAUGAUCGCUAUCGUGAUGCUGAUAGUGACUGGAUUGGUGCGCUUAGGGCAAGGUAAAAGACCGUAAAAAGCUUCCUCUUCAUAUCUUCACUAGCCUGCUACACAACCGUUUUUAAUGUCGCCACGCAACGCAGCGACACUAAAAACGGCUGUGUAGCAGACUACAUCUUCACUAGUCUAGCCCGAGAAAACAGCCGUCAUUUCGUGACGUCACCACUGGUUUUCCCGCCAAAUGACGUAUGAGGAACGAGUGCAGAAAUUCCAUACUGAUGACGUGUCUCUACCCAGAUCUGAGUAGUGCUUCUGAUUGGUUGAAGCAAAUUCCCUUGAGGCCUGACCAAUCAGAAGCACCACCCAAAUCUGGGUAGUGGCAGGUAGUCGGUAUAGAAUUUCGGCACCAUUGCCAACAAGAGCAAAUGAUACCCUAUUUGAGCAUCGAGACCCUCACUGAGCUCCACCAUCCAACUAUCGGAUGGCACAAUAUCACCCAACAACAACGAUAACUUUAUUAAUAGCAAUGAAAUGCAUUAAACACACUACCUACAUUUAGGUAACGCUAACAGGGGCAUAGCCAGCUUUUCGACUAGUUAUAGGCCCAGCUGACUUUCGGCCUCAUAUCCUGAAAAUUGCACGCAUGACUAGUACGCACUGACCUCACCAACACUUGGAGCUUUUAAGCUUUUUACCGCCCACCCCAACAAAGCAUAAUUCAUUACAAGCGGUAGAGUGAUCAAACCAGAAAUUUGUAGGCCCAGGCCUACAGGUCUAUGGGCUGACUAUGCCCCUGGCUAUUCGAAGCAGGCAGUGUGGGUACUCUACAUACGUAAACUGAUACAUUUUAAGACAUUUUACAAGGAAAAUAAAAGAGAUUUACAACAUCAAGAAAAAAGAGGUUAAAAAGAAUAAUAAUACGAAUGAAUAAAUAUGUAAAUAAGUAAAUAAAUAUAGGUUACAAUACUGGCAUUGGAUUAAGAUCAGCAUGGGCAAAACUAUCCUAGUGGCGGAUCCAGGGGAGGGGACCGGGGGCCCAACCCCCCCCCCCCCCCAUUUUUAGACCAAAGUGAAGCCCGAAGGUCCGAAAAAAAUUUUUUCGGAGACCAGGCCCCCGCUUUUCAAAGGGUCUGGAUGACGCCCCCCACCCCCUUAUCUCAAGGUCCGGAUCCGGCAGUGUAUCCUGUCUUUGAAGACCCCUCAAAUGGGAGUAACACUCGGCGCGCAGGCAGUGAACCUGAUAUUAAAGCUCUAUACUAUCAUGAGUUAGCCAAAACUAUAACAGCAGCCCUUAAAAAAACGGAUAUUUGUUUGUCCAGACUAAUCGUACUAUGGUCUUUCUAAAGGAUAUACAUCGUCAUUGGCAAAUGGAUUCGAGGGGACAAGCUGGAAUAUUGGAAAACUCUCCUUCGCAUUUUACAACGGCUUAUUUCCCUACGAUGGAUGGUGAGUAAUACGAAAGUCUCCUUCCUUUUUAGUUAAUUUUUAACAUUUUGACAUGAUAGUGUGCUAUGAAAAAUUGUGAAAAUAGUUUUAAUGAAAAGGACGUUUUAGUUGUAAUCGUUUUAUGGUGAACUGGCCUUAAUACAGUUUCACGCUCUGUGUGAGUUCUUCGAAGUGCUUUAGUAGUCCUCUGAUAAUCUAUGUGAAAACGGAUCUCUUAACCCUUUAAAAGUGAAGGAUAAGGCAGGUGAAUCACUCAACCUUCUAACAGAACUUUUUUCCUUUGUCAGGAAUCAACUGAACUUUUUCACCGAGGAGAUAAAGAAUCCCAACCGGUUAGUAAAACAACUGUAACACACGACUGAGAACUAAGAAAGGCUGGGUUACAAUCAACAUGCAACUCGCAAGUUUUAAUUCAUUUUAUAUUCUUAAUUGGUUACAUCACGAACUCACUAUUGGCCAUCCCCUCCAACUGGCUUGACUCACUCAACUAGAUUGAACAUUACGUCCGUUCAUCGCAAAGGGAAUGGUUCGAUUCUCGGUCAUGCCUGAAUUUUUUCAGGUUUUUUUUUCAACGGCUUAGGUCGAUGAUUAACUGGUACGACGAUCACGUGUACUUACCAGGGGCGGAUCCAGGAUUUUUUUUAUAGUGGGGUGCACUCGUCUCUUGCUCUACUUCAACACCCGCAGGUCAUCUCAGGGGGGGUUGCGCACCCCCUGCACCCUCCCCCUAGAUCCGCCCCUGCUUACAUGCAGUCAACGCAAGAUUUGUUUCGGUAAUUUACUUCUAAGCAAUAAUGUUGUGAAAUGUUUGUAACAAUGUAUAAAAUAAAGUAUAGGCCCUCCGAAUGUUGACUGUGAUAUUGGUGAAAGUUUUUGAAGAACCACUGAGAAAGUCGAUUCAAGAAGAAACCACAAGUCAAAGUAGAGAACUCGCCACAAGCGCAUGGAGAUCCCUCUACGGUUAUCCAAGUUUAUAGGAAUAUGGGGAAGAAGAAACUUUUUCCGUGUUAAAGAUUGUUUUACCAUGUAUUUUUUUUUUUUGCAAGAAACCAACUAGGCCUGAUACUGCGUCGGGCUGAUUGCUCUCCCCUCUUCGCUGAAAAGGGUCAUUUUGCAGUUAUUUUGAAAGUUUAUUUGCUUCAUUUCUUUCUAGAAACAUUCCGCUUUCCAUCUGGAUGGGAAUUCCACUGAUCACAAUAUGUUACUUGUUGGUAAAUAUUGGAUAUAUCACAGUUUUGACUCCCCAAGAAAUUGUGAAUACGGACGCCGUUGCUGUGGUAAGCUAAUAGUCUUGUGCUUUUCUUAAAACAACAAAUUACACGAUAUUACGAUUCAGAACAGAAGGAGCAUAUCCCAAAUGUUUACUAAUUAAAAAUUAAAAAUCUCUUAGCUUUUAUUAUUAGUAAUCUUGAAUUUAAGCGCGAAACUUGACGCAAGACGGGUGAAAAAUCGGGGGCGUUCCCCGCCCGAGCAAAGGUAGGACAAAUUGAUCAUUACGUGAAAACUAUCCAUGCGCGGUUUCCAGUUUCCGCUGUUCGUAGUUUCGGCCUUUGACCGAAGACGUGUCGGCCUGCGGCCGAUCCUGAAACAACCCGCUUCGAGUGAGAAUAAACCUCCCGUAUCCAGGGUACGUGAAAAUACGCAACUGAAGCAGAAAGAUUGCACCUGACGAAAACGUAACGAAGAAGGUAGAGAUGCUGUGGCGCCGAGGUCUUCAAACCCCAACAAUCUUUAAGACAAAAAUUGCUUAUUUCGCUACCCUGUUAAAGACCGGAGACAACGCUUUCUGUCCUAGAUUGUUUUGCUUUCCACUGAUACAGAAUUAACCAAUGCUUCACACUAAAAUCAUGGGAAUAGAUAUUUAGGGAAAAAAUUAUUGAGAUUGCAACUGUAGACCGCUCAUCGCAAGUCCUCACACUCUUUGAAAAGCUUCCAGUCCAAGGCUUCCACUUGCCGUUUUGUUAUCUCAACAGAUUUUGGCUAAUCGUUUAUACGGAGUUAUGGCUUGGAUCAUUCCAGUUCUUGUUGCUUGUUCAACUUUUGGUACUGCCAAUGCAAAUGUUUUCGCAGGCGGAAGGUAAUAGUUUAUAAUGAUGAUGAUGAUGAGUACAACGACGAUAAUAAUUCUUCGUUUUCACUGUCACGCAAUAAACACGGCACAAAAAAAUACAUCUGAAACCGUCCAGUGGAAGAAGCCAAGAAAAUGAAAUGUUAUAAAAGACUAAUAUAUAAACAAUUUGUCCAAAUCUCAGGUCUUUGUGGCCCACAGUUUCUGAGUUAGUUACCGAAAUAUUUCACGCACCUUUGUAGAGCUUUGUAUGGAGACGCCAUACUGGUGGACAGAAACUGUCCACCAAUAUGGCCGCCGGAAAUCAACAAAAACAUCUGGAGUUCACUUUUUCUAUAAAAGCUCUUCCUUUUCACUCGAGAACUAGCAUACUUGCGCAUAAACAUAUCUUCUAAUACUUGAAAUGGUUAAACUGCCGAAAAUCAAGCGGAGAGACUUUUUUUCAAGGAGAUAGCAUUCCUCUUUUGGUGUCACGCACUGUGAAAACUCGGAACUUCAAACUGCUGUAUUUUCGAAAUGAAACAUGCUUCGGGGCUGGAAACUUGUACAAAGAUGUAUUUCCUACUAAUCUUCAACCUAGUGUAAAUAAGAAUUCGUAAAACCUCGCUUUUUUGACUUUGCAAUCUGAUGACGUCACCGUGAAAACCAUCAAUAAUAAUAAUAAUAAUAAUAAAAACAAUAACAGUAGUAAUAAUAAUGACUGUACGACCUUCCAAAAUAAGGGUGAUUAUAAAUAAACAAUGCCUUUUCAACAAGAUAAUCAGUGCAAAGCCUAUUGCGCACUUUAAAAAAAAACAGCAUAUCUUUGUGUGUUAACUAUACCAAGUUUCUUCAAGUCUUUCCGUAGGGGUUUGACGAAGCUUGGUAAUAGAAUUAACCAUCUUCUCUCCUGUGUCAUAAGUUAUGUAAUUCAGUCUGACGAUGACGGAUGUACCGUCGAAACAUGUUUGUUAAUAUUAAAAAAAGUCGCACUAUUUUUAAAAAUUUAUGUAACUCCCGUUUUUCAGACUGGUGUUUUCUGCCGCGAGGGAGGGACAUCUUCCUAAGUUUCUCUCCAUGAUUCACACCAAGAGACGGACACCACUUCCUGCCGUGGUAUUUUCGGUAGGUUCCCGUUCUUACACCGCAUGAAGGAUACGUUCCGAGGGAAUCAGUAGAAACCAUUAGAUUCUAAGCCGAGUACGACUACGACUACGAGAUUUUCUUAGUACUAAGUAGUGCGCGCGCGUGAACCAACGUCAUUUUGGCGGGAAAAAGUGGUAUCCGUCGUCAUUCUGCUACGGUCUUCUGCUACGAGUUUUAGCGCGAAUGUCGUGGUGGCAAAAACAAAUAUCAAAUGUUAGAAGUUUUAUCAUUUUGCGAUCCGAAGAGCUCGUAAUCUCCUUCACUAAAGAUGACAGAUCAGAGAAACAGUGUUAACUUUUCUAGUGAAAAUGAUAAAAUGAAGCUUUCCGGGAAGUCUUUAUUUUGAGACUACGCGAAAAAACUUCAAGUCUAAUCUCGUAUUUGUAGUGGUCCUCGUCCUCGAAUCUAAAGGUGAUGUGUAUACACGAGAGGAUUCGCAAGGGCGAUUUUUAGCGCAACACAGCGUUGCAACAUUGUUGCGACAUUGUUCAGAAUGGUUACAACAUUGUUCCAACAUUGCAGCGUUGUGUUGUGCUAAAAAUCGUCGUUGCGAAUCGUCCCGUGUAACAUUAUCUUUAAGGUCUCUAGUAUCAGCCACCCUUAAAAUUGCCAUUUUUCCAUUUUUGAGGUUUCAACGUUUUCAAAUAGAUAUGCUUGAGAACCUUCUUUAAAAAAAAAAUCAGAAGAAAAUAUUAUUUCUGUCGAAAGAUAUCGGGGGUAAAAGAUUUUUUCUCGUUAAUUAUCUUAAUUGAUCGUUGACAAGAUCUGUCAUACCCGUGUCAUAUAUCAAUUAACUUGUCUGUGAACUAGUAGCGUGAUACCGAGUGCGUGCUUCGACACAACACGUGCGAAUUGUCUUCGCAAUGUUUAUAGCCUUUAGUAUGCUCCGUGGAUAUUUAGCGUUUGCUGUGAAAAAAGAGAAGGUCGUGUCCGUUUUCGUCAUCGAACCGAGAGCGAAAAAGAAAUCGAAGAGCGAGUUUGCCAAAGAAUGGGCCGCAAACUUGGCAGAGAGCGACAAAGGCUCAUUUUAUCAGCAAGAGAAGUGGCUCGAGGAGUUGGAUAUUCAGAAAAGCGAAAACGCCGCAGUUGCUGAGAGUGCAAGCCGCUCCAAAAUCCAGCUUGAAGAGCCAGAUGAAGAAAGCCAAUUAAGCUCAUCGACCCCGUCUGCUGAUGGAACGUGGAAAACAAUAAGCGGUCGAGCUAUCGUAUCGAGCGAAAAGCUGCUUGAGAAACUGGACGAAUCUGUAUCUUGUCUAUUUUGCCAGGGAAGAGUCCAAGUCAUGGAAAAUGUAGCAUGGACUUGGUUCUACCUGGAGAAUCCAGUGCGAGAAUGAAAGCUGUCCGUCGCACAAGACAAAUUCUGUUUUUAAUUCUUCCGAGAAGAGCAGAGCGUUUGAAAUAAACCGGGCCUCAGUUCUUGGCCUUCGAGCAAUCGGUGGUGGACAUUCGGCGGCUUCAGAGCUUUUUAGUUUGCUUGGCCUGGCGCCGAUCAACAAAAACGCCUGGGCGGAUCAUACAAAAAGGAUCGAAGGAGAGGCAAAACUUUUGCUCAAGAAACAAUUAAACAGUGCUUCUCGUGGUGUAAAAGGGGAAGUUUUCCAACGGAGAAUUAAACUGUUGUUGAAGAUGUUGAUAGCAAUAAAAAAGUUUGUUCCUGUUACAUGUUACCUGUCAAAGUCCUAUUGUUAGAGAAAAUUGAUCCCUCUCUGAUAUCAAUCAGAAUAAACAUUUAGGUGUUAUAAUCUCAUUCCAGGUAGGAUGCCGCCAAAAUGUAUUAUCUAUUUUAUCUCCGAACGCAAAUUUUGCCGAUCGACUCGUACGUUUUGAACUCCAAGUCGGCAGCCUUUCAAUCAAUUUGGCUAAAAUUUGGCCGGAGUGAUGCCAUAUAUCUCUUCUACAAAACCGUGUCUGCGAAUUUUAAUACUCCUUUUCGUUUUAAAGCUAGAGCUUUUUUUCCACAGGGAGUGUUGACUAAUUGCUUUCCCCAACUUCAUUUGCAAAUAAAAGAAAAACAAACGCACUUGUCAAAAAUCUGAGACACGGUUUUUUAGUGGAACGUGUUGAGAAGCGAAUGCGGUGUUAAUUGUUUUCUUCCGUUUAUUUCCGGCGGGAGUGGAACAUGAUUUAUAGAGACGUGUACUUUUACACAAAGCGUUCCAAUUUCGAAACACAUUUAAGGAAAUCGUUUUUGUUAGUUCAAAUCCAUAAUCUGGAAUUAUUAAACUUUUAAAAAAUAUAUGGUUUAUAGGGGUUUUUAUAAAAACAACUAACGCUACAUCGAUCUGCGCGCGGACGGUCCUGAAGGGUGGCUGAUACCUUGAGCCCCCUACCGGGAAAACGGACGCAACAUCGUUGGCCAACUACUCCUAACAUUGUUGGAUGUUGCAUGUUGCAUCCGUUCGCACACCCUGUUGCAAGUUGUUGCGCGUUGCAUUGGCAGUUUUGCGCAAAGUUUGACACCGGUCAAACCUUUGGGUCAACAAAUCCCAACAUUUCUUUUGUUCCGUGUUGGCUGAGGCCAUGUUAAUAAUCUAUUCUCUCUUGCCGAACCUUAGUGCAACAAUGUUGCAUCUGUUUGCACAGCUCUUCCUACAAUGUUGGUGCCACGCAUGUGCGCAUUACAAAUGCUCUCUUAAGUCUUCUGGGUUGUACCCUUCCCACGAUACACUGCAGGUACUGGCAUUGUUAGGAGCUGUUGUAUCAGUUAGCACACCACUGCCAACAAGGACGCAACAACUCCCAACAUUGUUGGUCCAACACUGAUGUUGGGAGUUGUUGCGUUCGUUUGCACGAAGCUUUACCAGUUCUACAGGAUCACGCAAACUUUUUUCCUCAUUGUUUGUCCUUUUGUUUGUUUUACUAGAGCAUUAUUUCAUUGCUGAUGUUAAUACCUAACUCUACGUCCUUCGAAUCACUGUUGAACUACUUUAGUUUCUUUGGUUGGCUGUCUUAUGGACUCACCAUCUCUAGUGUGAUCUGGUUUAGGUACAAAAGACCUAAUGACAGGAGGCCCUACAAGGUACGCACUCCCCCCUAAAGUAAAACCUACAACGGUAGUGAGAGUUUAAAAUGACGGUCGAAGGUAUGCCGGCUACUUUUUCCCUAUAAUAAAACUCGAGCUUGACAAAAUUGGUUACUUGAAAAAAGUAAGUGCUACAAAGGAACUAAGAGGUAACACUCAGUAGGAUUUAUGGGUUAUUUGGUUCACAGUGUUAUACGGGACAACAUCAUUUUUCCCAUCAUUUUUCUUCCUUAAAGAAAUAAGUAUUGCCAAAACUGUCAUUAAGCUACGUGGAUUCUUUUACAAUCUGAACCUCCCAAGUGCGUCGAAAGCAUUCUCGUCCCCAGGGCUCUCUCGCCCCUCCCAUUUUCUCAUGGAAAGUCUUGGGGACAAUGUUGAUAAACCAUUCAAAUUUCCCGCCUUUUUCUAUGCAUAAUUGGCCAUUUCCGAAUUCCAAACACUCUCACUUUCAAAACGAGGCUAAGUGCAAAACUUUUCAUAUGAAAAUGAGUUUUAUUUGCAUGAAAAUACAGUGGCGGAUUCAGACCUUCAGAUAAGGGGGGGAGCGGUCAUCCAGACCCUGAGAUAUGGGGGGGGGGGGCGGUCUCAAAAAAAAAUUCGCCCCCCCCCAAAAAAAAAAUUUCGGCCGUCCGGCCCUCCGUUUGGUCUAAAAAUAAGGGGGGGGGGGUUGGGCCCCCCGGACCCCUCCCCUGGAUCCGCCACUGGAAUAAAAGAUCAUUUUCAGAUCAAUGACCUCCCAUCUCGCCUUGCUUUGGAACAGAGGCCUGGAGCGAUUCGGAAAUGGCCUAUUAAUUGAUCCAUUUUCUUCUUCCGUAGGUAUGGAUAGGAAUUCCUAUUUUCAUGGUGCUGAUUUCUGCGUACUUGGUCAUUGCACCGAUUUAUGAGGCGCCACUGGAAUCUCUUUUCUGUGUAUUGUUCCUGUUAUCUGGUAUACCACUGUACUUAAUAUUUGUACGCUAUGAGAAAGUUCCAGUGAAUUUUCUUCGCUUUGUAGGUGAGUUUGUUUUACGUCUCUCAUUAUUCUCAAUUCUCAGUGACCACUGAGGGGGAAAAACGAGCGACCUGGUAAAAAAAAUUAUUAUUCCUGGGAACCUGGUUUUGCAUGGGUGGGCACACAUAAGCUGUCUUGUGUUGUGGGACUGCCCCGAGAAAAGGCAGCUUUAGCAACGACCACGGCGACGGCAACGACAACGGAAAAAAAAGAAACAGGCUUGAUUAGCAAACCAACAACUUUUCACGUGCUUCCGCACUUUUUUAUACAUUUCUUUGCCGUCCUGACUGGACGACUACGAGGUGAAAAUGCCUAAUUUCACGUUUUAUGGAGAACGUAAACAAGGAACGACGAACUUUUUCUUUCUCUUCCUGAACUUGAGUGCAGUUCCCAAGAAAUCAACUCCAGGGAAACUCGCCCAUAUUUCACAUUUUCAAUGAAUUGGAAUAAACGCGACAAAGUUUGAAAAAACGCGAGUCAUUUUAAAAGUGGCGUUUUCGCAGCCGUCGCCAUCGUCGAUCCCUUAUUGUGGCGGAAGGUUCAUUUCGUGUGUUUUGGUUGUUUUAUUCGACUGUUUUUCAGGUCUUCCAGCCAGGUCAUGGCGAUUUGAGAUUGUGUAGUUCUAGCUGUUAAGUGUAAACGCCGCUUUUGUCACUGUUCACAGUCCAUUUGCGGAUCUCACAAAGCUUUAAUUUUUUCUUUUCUUAGAUCGCGUUACUUUCAAGUUGCAGAAGAUCUGCGAUGUAGUAUUUCCAGAGAAUGAAGAUGACUUUGUUUCCCUUUAA